AUGUCAGGGUUUAUUGGUCACAUGACAUUUGGCCGAGUGGUUAAGGCGCUAGAUGUCGUUGCGCUGAAUGAAGCGGAUAUUUCCUUUUUAGGUAUUGUUGCUCAGAAGUUUGCUCUUUUCGGCAAUCUUUCAGUGACGUUGGCUCUGGGAAGUGAGUGGUUCGAACGUCCUGACUCAACCACUCACUUCCCAUCUGGUAUCUCCCUCUCCUACGAGAUCAUCGGCGCGAAUCCAUAA